UGAGCUCUUAUCCAAUGCGUGUAUUAUAAGAACCCAACAGUUUACACCUCUUAUAUACACUAGUGCUUUUCUUUUUUAAGGUCACCACUUUGUGCUUAAUUUGUGUGUCCUCUCUCCGAAAUACACACAAAUAUUACACACGCUUAUUGAGAAUCUUGUGUACGUCACUUGUUUGCCACUAUAAUCCACACAACAAGAACCUCUACAUGGUACUACGCAUGAUCUGCUAAGCUUGCACAUGACGAUUGCCAUGAUGACAAUGAUGUUGUGGAUUAGGGUUUCAGUUUUGAUGACAGUUGAUGCUGCUUUUGUCCAUAAUCAUCAGAUGCAACCUUUCCAUGAGUUAGGUUAUGACCAACAUGUUCUUUCUCCUGUGAUUUCAAGAAAGUUGACGAUCCAAGAAAUGGUUGAAGGGAAUGGAGAUCAAGAUUUGCUGUUUGACAAUGACCAAAAGGAAGCUCCAUUAGAUGGAUCACAAAAGAGGAAAGAAGAAACUACAGAAAAUGGAGCAAAUGGAUUUGACCCGACCGGUUUCACUACCAUGGAUUAUUCUCACGUAAGAAGACGACGCCCAAUUCAUAACAAUUCUUCUCCCAAACCCACCAACUCACCAUAAUAUGCAAUCUUUUUAUGUUUUAUGUUAAUUUUUUUAUUUUUAUUUUUAAUAACACUUUUACUAAUAUAUUUGUAUUUUCUACGGUAGCAUAAUUAUUUAAACAUUUGCUAAUUCAAGGAGGCAUAAAAAAAUUCGUGAUAACAAAUGAACAUCAA